AUGGAUAAGCCUUUUGAUACAACGUCUUCCGCCGAGGAGAAGGUGCCGUCGUCGAAUGACCCCAGCCGGUCUGUACGGCUCGAUCCUGCGGGCAAUCUGCUCUCACCUACGCCGACCAGCGAUUCUCUGGAUCCUCUGAACUGGUCUGUUUGGAGAAAAUACACGUGUAUCUCGAUCGUGUGUUACUCCUACUUUCUCAUGACGUACUUGACAACAGCUCCUAUUCCGUCUUUCUUUUUGCUUGAGGAUCAGUUUGACGCCUCGUACGCCGAAACUAACUGGACAUUUGCGAUCUCGGCCUUUGGUCUCAUAUUUGGCCCACUGCUGACCGGUGGUGUGGCCGAUAUCUACGGACGGCGCAUUUGCAUGAUCAUUACUACAGCUGUGGCACUUCUUGCCUCAGGCUGUACAUCUAUCCACGGACAGAAUAUAAGUGCCUACAUGUUUGAGCGCUUUCUACAGGGGGUUGGUGCGGGCUCUGCCUGCAACCUUGGGCUCAGCAUUAUCAACGACGUGUCAUUUCAGCAUGAAAGAGGACAGAGGGUUGGAUUGUGGGCCAUGUCUGCCAACAUGGGCAGUUUUCUCGGCGGUGUCUUUGGUGGACUCGUUGUUUCGGUCAACCAGUAUUGGGUCGCAUACCACGUCACGAUAGCCUACGCCGUUUUGUUUGUGCUCACGGUUUUCGCUCUGCCAGAGACUUUGUACCCUCGGCGACACAUGAUCGAGCUCGAGUUUGGACCGAGCAAUAAUGCAUCUGAGGAGACCAUCCACAGGACACGGGAUCUGCCGUUUAUUAACAUCCGUCGAAUCAAAGGGCUUGUCUACCCAAAGAUUUGGGCACCCUGGGUUGUGGUCUUCAAGCUGUGGGGCUACCCAAACAUCGUCAUCAGCAUCAUGGCAUAUGUGUACGGCCAAUAUUGGUGGAUCGUCUCUGUCAUGACAGUCGAGCCUCUGGCCUACGUGACCGACACCCCGCAGGUUCAGGGCCUUCUUUUCAUUGGUCUUCUUGUCGGCGUCUUGUUCGCCGAGGUAUUCUGUUCCGGCCACGCCAGUGACAAGCUUGUCAUGAUACUGGCGAGACGCAACAACAGUAUACGACAGCCGGAGAUGCGCCUCUGGCUCGGCUAUCCAGCUGUGUUCCUGUCCGCCGUUGGCCUGAUUUUAUGGGGCAUCUCCGUGGAUCGUCACUGGCAUUGGAUGGUCGGCCAGAUAUUUGGACAGCGUUGGAGGAAGCCAGCCAACUUUGGUGGCUUUGAACUGGACUCGUAG